CUGUCUGGCUGGCUCUCCCGCUGGCAGGAUGGUGGACAGCGUGUACCGGACCCGCUCGCUGGGGGUGGCGGCCGAAGGGCUCCCGGACCAGUACGCCGAUGGGGAGGCGGCGCGCGUGUGGCAGCUCUACAUCGGGGACACCAGCAGCCGCACCGCUGAGUACAAGUCCUGGCUGCUGGGGCUGCUGCGCCAGCACGGCUGCCAGCGGGUGCUCGACGUGGCCUGCGGCACCGGGGUAGACUCCAUUAUGCUGGUAGAAGAGGGCUUCAAUGUGACAAGCGUGGAUGCCAGUGACAAAAUGCUGAAAUACGCACUCAAAGAGCGCUGGAACCGGCGUCAUGAACCUGCCUUUGACAAGUGGGUCAUCGAGGAAGCCAACUGGAUGACUCUGGACAAAGAUGUGCCCCGGCCAGCAGGUGGUGGCUUUGAUGCUGUCAUCUGCCUUGGAAACAGCUUUGCUCACCUGCCAGACUGCAAAGGAGACCAGAGUGAACACCGGUUGGCACUGAAGAACAUAGCAAGCAUGGUGAGGCCAGGGGGCCUGCUGGUCAUUGAUCACCGCAACUACGACCAUAUCCUCAGCACAGGCUGUGCCCCACCAGGGAAGAACAUCUACUACAAGAGUGACUUGACCAAGGACAUCACAACUUCUGUGCUGACGGUGAACAACAAGGCCUACAUGGUGACCCUGGACUACACUGUGCAAGUGCCAGGGGCAGGGCAGGAUGGCACUCCAGAACUGAGUAAGUUCCGGCUGUCCUACUACCCACACUGCCUGGCAUCCUUCACGGAGCUGCUCCGAGCUGCUUUCGGGGGCCAGUGCCAGCACAGCAUCCUGGGUGACUUCAAGCCGUACCAGCCAAACCAGAGCUACAUCCCCUGCUACUUCAUCCAUGUGCUCAAGAGGACAGGCUGAGCAGGGCCUCAGUCCCUGAACCUGCUGCACAGGCACUACUGCUAGGCCAGUCCUGGGGAGGUGGGGACGCCCAAAGCCCACACCAGACCUGGCUCCCAGAACACAACCUUGGGGUGAGAGGGUGGAGAGCUGAUUGGUGGACAUACAGGGAUUAGAGUUCGGGCAAACGGGAGGGUGAACAAUAAGAUCUGUGCCUUUUUCAGUU